AUGGCAAGCGCUGACGUGUCGAGGGUGCCGGCUGACCAGAAGGCCGUCCUGGCGUCCCUCAACGCCCUCUUCAACGCGUGCCUGCCGCUCGCCAACAACCCAGCCCGCAAGCGCGAGAUGGACGACAACAGCAAGCGCCUGGGCGCCCUGUUCUGGCGGCUCAACGAGGGCCAGGUCAGCGCGCACGUCGUCGCGCGGCUGCAGCAGCUCUGCGCCGCGCUGGACGCCGGCAACUACCCCGCGGCCACCCAGAUACAGGCGCGACGGGGGAAAGUGGAGCUGACCACCAGCGACUGGGACGAGUGCGGCACCUGGCUCACGGCCCUCAAGCGGCUCAUCAAGGUCAGGCAGAUGGCGGGCUAG